AUGAAAAUAAGAAUUCAAAUAUUAUCAUAGAAAAUAGGAUUAUAAUUUAAAUAACUCUCCAAUAAGNUUCAUAAAUAGCUUUUAAGAGGAGGAGGGUAAUAUGAUGAUUAAGGAAACCAAAAUGAUAAUUGGAUUUGCAUUGAUGAUGAUUGGAUGAAGUCGAUAUUUUGCUAUAUAUUUAAAUUAGAUAUGAAAGAGAAAUCACAUGUAAUGGUAACUUCAAAAAUGGAAUUAAAAUUGGGAAAUGGAACAUAAUUUUGGAAGAAACUUUAAUAAUGUAGUAUAUUCACAUUAAUAAAGCAGUGGAGGAUCAUUUGAUGAAAGCGGAUUCAAGCAUGGAGAUUGGGUUUGUGUUCACAAUGAUUGGAAUAAGUGAAUUAAUUAAAUUAAUAAAAUAGGUUGUCUAGGGAGGUCAAUUUAAAGGGGUAGUUUGUAAAAGGUUAAAAAAUUGCCAUAUGGAAUAUUAUUGAAGGGAAUACAGUUUUGUAUAAUUUACAAUAUAUCUUAAUUUAGAGGAGGAGGAGAAUUUGAUGAAAAUGGAAGGAAAAAUGGUAAAUGGGUUGAACUAUGCGAUGAUUGGAGAAAGUAUUAUUAAAAUUGAGGCUUUAACAUUUGAAUUGGUAAAAUAGGAACGUAAAAUUUACUGGCUAGUAUAAAAAUGGAAUAAAAAUUGGAAAGUGUAACAUUUUUGUUAAUGAAGAAGCAAAUGAUA